GCUGGUACACCAGCCAAUCAGAGAACAUUAUAUCAGCCGAGACCCGACCAAGUGGGAUGAACCUCUGUGUGGAAGGAGGCUGCCUUGUGGAGAGGAGGGGACUAGGACUCCUAUCUAACACAAGAAGAUUCUAGCUAUGUCAAGCAGGGAAAGGAAGGCCACUGACACUGCUGGCAGGCACUCAAGGAUGGAUCCAAAUCUCUCCUCAGAUGACAGCCAGAACCCAGGUGCAGUCGCAGCAGCUAACAGAGAAGUCCUUGAUGCUGGUAGGGAGGACAUUAUUUCCUCAGGAACAGAGAGGCAACAGGCCAGGAAGGAAAAACAGGACUUGGUCCAAGAAUUCGAAGAGCCACCUAACAAAGUUCUUCAGGAAAACAGAGAAAAAUUCUCAAGGAUCAUGACCUCAUCUUUCAGUGCCAUGGAGGUCAAAAUUAAGGAUGUUCUGAAAACCCAGUGUGAACAGAGGCAGAAACUUUGUCAGGACUAUUCUCUUCAGUUUACAAAUUUGAGUAGGAAGUUAACUUCGGAUGCAUACAAACUCAAGAAACAGGCCGAAACACUCUCUAAUAUGUUUAUGGAGCAACAGAAGUUUAUUCAUGAAACUCUCACUCUCCAGAAGAACAGAAUGGAGGAAUUUAAAUCACUGUGUGAAAAAUACUUGGAGAAACUGGAGGUACUGAGGGAUUCUCGGGGAAAUUCCAUCGCUGAAGAGCUGAGACGUCUCAUAGCCACCUUGGAAAUCAAACUUCUGAUGCUGCAUAACCAGCAAAACACUGCUGCUCCUCCACAGUCUCUCCUGGAUGUGUUAUUCUCAUAAAACUUUGGAGCACAAAAGCCGAUAUGAGGGGAGCAGUAUAAUCAUCUGGGUGAAGCUGCUAGUGCUGAUGAUUGCAGCUUCGGUGCCUGGAUCUUCUCCUGUCUUCCUCCUGUUCCUGAAGAUGCCCCGUUCUGUUAAAAUCCAAAUAAACCCUGGGAUUUGUGUGACAGCAGUGCAAAUAUGUCUGUAGGGAACUCCAGCCCUCGGGUAGAGAUGGCAGGCUUUCCUUGGUAGCAUCGCAAUUACUGGUUAGCACACAUUGGUGUUGAUACAGUAGAUUAUCAUACCUGAACAUCAUCUCCCCAAAUUGGAAGGCACACAAGUGGGCUAUUGUUGUCGUGUCCAGAUAAAUAAUUAGAGAAGAUACAGGCUUUCUUUGACAUUCUGCUCUGAAAUGUGUUCAGUGAUGGAGCCUAUGAAACUGACCUUCAGCCUCCAAAGGCAGUGUGCUCUUAAUAGUUAAAGUAGUAGAAUUCAUCAAACCUCCCGAGUAAGAAAGAUGUGAGUAACGUGGCUUGAAUCAGUGGAAAUGCCAUUUGCAGACAACAUUUACAAGGUCUUUCAAUUAAAUGAAUCUGUCACACUAAGAGGUGAUUCUGAACAUGAAUACAGCUUAAUUCGCCAUCAUUUAUUAAUCCCUCACUUGUAUGGAUAGGAGUAACUUAGAAUGUUUUGUUUGUGGAAUUUAUCGGCCAUGUAGUAUGGGAUCAUCAGGGAUAUUAUAUAUGAGGUCUCGUGUACAGUUAAAGCUCGCGUCCUGUGAUUUCCUGUAUGGAUACCCUGGGUAAUCCUUACUUGGGAACGUUUGAUUUAAUAAACAUGAAAUAGUUUCAGA